UUAUUCACCUCGCUGGUGAAUAGAUUUAUUAAUUCUGUUGUGGAGUGCGGUAGUGUUUUCCGAGCGGCAUGUCGCGAUUUCUUUCGCAUUAAAUUUUUGAUUAUUAUUUGCCGUGCUCUUUUGUUGUUGUUGCGUUGUAUGCUGUUAAUUAAUGCUGAUUUUUAAAUUAAUUUAAUCAGUUGCUCUAAGCUUGCCAUUGAAUGAAAUAAAGUGUGUUGUGAAAUAUGAAUGGAAUAUGUCGGCAAAACACCGGUAAAACGUGAUUUAUCGAGCACCACCGAUUAGUGAAGAGUAUGCUUGUGCCAAAAAUUAAAAAGAAAAUAUUUAAAAGAUAAAUCAAUUAACAUGUAAAUAGUGACCUUAAAAAAAUAAUAAUUUACGAUUUUGCAAAAUAAAAAGUGUUUAAAGAGUGGCGUGACAGAAAAAGAAUCGGCAAAAUAUCUUUUGGUGGCGCAUCCAAUUGUCUGUUUAAUGUGUAUCUUGUUUUUGUCUGCUGUUUGGCCAAUCGGUUUGCGUCUGCCGGUUUGAGUGCUUCUUCGCCUGUUGCGUGCGUGGUUCACCAUUUGCGCGUGUGUUUGUGUUACAGCGUGAUAAUUAUAUGCAUGUGUGCGUACGUGCGGUGCAACGCGUGGAGCAAGUGGCAAGCUUCAUUGCCAGAUCAACAUCUUGCGCUGGCGCUCACCAAGCAGCAGAUACAAGAGUGAUAGCGCACACUUUGCUGCCAGCAAAAGCAGCUCAUCUCCAAUAACAACAGCAAAAAAUAAAAAUAAUUACUACAUACCUAGUACCUACAGUGCAGGCUUUAAUUGUUCCUCGUCAAGAUGAUGUUUACUCCCAACGUUUGACACCUUAAACAGUUACAGUUAGGUAGCUGUUUGUAAUUUGAAAUUGCUGUUUUUGCUUAUUCCUGAGAGUCCACCGUUUUGCCCUGUUCACCUUCAAUCAGCUGUUUGACUGCAGCACACUGUCGUGCCAAUUGGAUUUUAAUAUUUUAAAAUUUUACAAAACUGAUCAUGCGUAGAUCAGCGCUUAGCCGAAAUCACUACUUCGUAUUCGGCAUACUCGUGGGUUUGGCGCUAAGUUUCUAUUUGCCAGAAGAUGUUUGGGAUCUGGUGCAAAAAGAGGAAUGCCCCCAAGAGGCUGCCGAGAAUAGUCUGAUAGAAAAGUUCGGCGAAGAAUUCGAGCCACAUUUGAAUUUAAUUAGUAAACCUUUGGCGGCUAAGAAACCGGUAAGUGCAACGAAUGUCAUUCGUCCGCGCUAUUACUCCUCCGAGUUGGGUAUACGCGAGAAGAUCUUCAUUGGCGUGAUGACGUCACAGGAUAAUAUCAAUACAUUAGCGACAGCGAUUAAUCGCACCACAGCGCAUUUGGUGAAUAAAAUUAAGUUUUUCAUUAAUGCCGACAAUGUGAAAACGAACUAUAAACUCAAGAAUAUUGUCGGCUUCACGGACACACGCGAGAGUCUACGUCCAUUCCAUGUGAUAAAAUACAUUGCGGAUAAUUACCUCGAUGACUACGAUUACUUUCUGAUCAUGCCAGAUACGGUAUAUGUGGAUGCACGUAAACUGAAAGCACUGCUUUAUCACAUCAGCAUCACUUUUGAUCUAUAUAUGGGUGCCAGACUGGAGCUGAAUAUCGCGAAUGGCGGUAACAGUGCGGCGGCGGCGGCGGCGGCGGCGGCGGCGGCGGCGGCGGCGGAGGCUGUCGCGUCCGGACGUAUCUCGAAUUCCAAUGGUGUUGACGAUCUCGGCAGUCAAAGUGAUCGUAAUUACUGUGAUUUAAAUGCUGGCAUUGUGCUCAGCAGCAGCGUGAUACGCAAGAUGCGCAACAAUCUGGAUUGGUGUGUGCGUAAUGGCGUCAGCAAUGUGCAUAGCGUCAAUAUCGGUCGUUGUGUAAAGUAUUCAAGUAAUUUGUCCGGAUGUCAGACAAGCUUUCAGGGUGUGCAUGAAGACAUUUACGGUUUACAGCCACACAUCAAAUUGUUCAAGGAUUUAAAUAUACUUGCCAGAGAUGAAGCUUUCCGAAAAGCGGCUGCUGUGUAUCCCGUAACAUCAAUGGACGAUUUCUAUCGACUGCAUGCCUAUUUUUCUCGGCAUCACUUAGAACUGGUGCAGCAGCGCAGCUUUGACUUGGAGCGCAAAUCAUAUCAAAUAGCUAACGGUUCAAUAUCGAAUAACAUACUCGAAAUACGCUGGCCACUCGGUGUGCCACUUGGCUCAGCGCCCGAAACGCGACAUGACAUCAUAACAUGGCACCUCAUCAACAGCACACACAUCUUCCUACCCAACGCCGAAAAUAUCGUCGAGCCACUGAGUCACACUGACAAGUUGGAUUUCGACAAAGUGCUUGAAAUUGCAAUUGCCUAUGGCAAGCGGAAAUAUCCACACUUGCAAUAUGUUAAUUUGCAUACGGUUUACAGGAAAUUCGAUGCAACGCGUGGCAUGGACUAUCAGUUUCAUUUGAAUAUGCGCGACACCACACGCUACACCGACGAAUCGGUGACGAAGAGUUUUCAAGUUGUUAAACCGCUCGGUCGUGUCGAGGUGAUACCAUCACCAUAUGUCACCGAAAGCACGCGCAUCGCUAUAAUGGUGCCGACUUUCGAACAUCAGGCGGUGAAUGGUGUGAAUUUCAUAACGGAAUAUGAACGCAUUUGCAUGCAGAAUCAAGACAACACGUUUCUGCUGAUGAUUUUCCUCUAUCGCUACGACUCCAUAAGCAAAGGUGAGCAUGAUCCCUUCAAAAGUCUCAAAACACUCGCUUUGAAUCUGUCAACGAAGUACAAAAGCGAUGGUUCACGCAUAGCUUGGGUAUCCAUACGGCUGCCGCCAAUGCUUAGUGAUAUGCCGCCAAUGGCGGAUAUUAUGCUGAACUCCAUAUAUGGACGCAAUGAUAUUUUAAGCGUAGCAGUCGCUGAUCUGGCGCUGCCGAAAAUCGGCCUGGAUAGUCUGGUACUAAUGGCCUCCACAGAUAUUAGCUUCAAAGCGGACUUCUUGAAUAGAGUGCGCAUGAACACCAUACAGGGUUUCCAAAUAUACUCACCCAUCGGCUUCAUGAUGUAUCCCUGCAGACUGGCGCACUUUUGCAAACAAUGUGAGAGCUGUGAUGUGAGCCAAAGUUCUGGCUAUUUCGACAAGUGGAAUUAUGAUCUAAUCGCCUUCUACAGUCGUGAUUAUGUGCAAGCGCGCAAAUUGAUUGAGUCAACAUUGCCCAUCACACGCACCGACAAUGACAUUGAGCUGCUACUCAGCCGCAGCGUUCAGAAAAUCAACACCAUUUUGGAUAUGUUUGUGGCCUCGCAGCUGCCGGUGCAUAUACUGCGCGGCACCGAGCCCAAUUUGCGUUAUGGCUUCGCGAUCAGGAAUCAUAUAAGUAAUGGUAAAGAAAUGCUUAAUUGUCCGGCGCUACAAUCUAAUGCCGAAGCGGGUAAUAAGGUACCGCCACAGUUAUACAACGAAAUACCACAGCGUUACGAUGCGUUGCGCGUUGAGAGUGACACGGCGCAUGCGCACGGCUUGGACAGUCGCAAAUGCAUACAUUUGGCGUCGCGCAAACAAAUCGGCGACGCGAUCUUGCGUUUCGAAGAUCGUAGCAUUCUGCACAAAUAGAUAGUUAAGUGUACAGUUGCACAAAGCAAUAACGUGCGAAUUUAAGCGGUUGAAGAAAAUCUGCACUAACUCAUUGUGAAUGAGCGUAGUGUUUGAUUUUUUUUUUGUACUCUUUUUUUUUUGUUUUUUUUAAUGCCAACUUGGCUACUGCGCAGUUAAACUGCAUGCGUCAAGGGCAUGCUAACUAUUUAAUGCUCAAACAUUUGCUUUCGUUUAAGCAUAUUUUAUGAUUUUUCUUUUUUCUUAAGAAACGAAAAAAGUUAGUACUUUUUUAUUUUAGUCUACUAUGCCAAAAUGCUUGCACAAUUUUUUAAUUAUGUUACAUGCGAGUUGUGUGUGUAUUUUAGUGUUAAUUAAUUUAUUAUAAUUAUUUUAUUUUUCGUAUUAAAACGGCUGAGCUACAGUUGAUUCCUAUCGAUUGAAUGUAACGAAAUGACUUUUUUAUGUAAUUAUGUAAUUUACAAGUGCAUUAGUGCUAUCAUAUACAUACAUAUAAAUCUAUCUAGUGUGUAAAUAUGUAGUUUUGUAAGUGGCGCAGGAACUAUUUGUUUGUAGUUAUUUUUGUAUGUAUAAUGGCUGUUAAGUGUGUUUUAUCUACGUCAUCGAAGUAGAAAAAUGCCCAAACUUCUCCUUUCCAAUUGCAAAUACGUAUAUAUAUAUAUAUUUACCUAUCUACGCAUACAUACAAAUGUACGUGAUAAUUUGUAAGCAAGCAUUUUAAAGUAAUUUGGUGUUCAGUUACUAAUAUGCGACUUUCAAAUUACACUCUAUUUGUUAGCCUCUCGCAUGUGUCCUAUCAUUUUAGUGCCUUAAGUAUUUUAUAUUCAUCUCGCCAUGACUGCCAAGUAUUCUGUUUGCAUGAAAUAUGUAAUUUAAAAAAAUGUAUAUAAAUGUAUGCACGGACGCACAUACAUAUGUUAAUAUAUUUUUGUAUAACAGAUUGUAAUUAAAUAUUGUACGUAAAUGAAUUUCAUUCCUUAUGUAAAAAGGAGCGUGCUAUAUACAUACAUGCAAACCUAUGUAUGUAUAUAUUUGCAGUUUCCAGUGUAAUUAAGUGAAUUUCCGUUUCUUUCUACCUCUUUCUCAUUUUCCAUAGGAAACUAAAAAAAAAAAUAUAUAAAAAAAAUAAAAGAAUUUGUAAAUAGUUUAAUGUUUAGUUUUAAAAGAAAUUAUACUGUAGCUGUUAUAUGAUUAAAGGUGCCAAAGCUUUUAAAUUUCUAUUAAUUUGAUAUGCUCUAAUUUGUUUUAAGAAUAUGAACAACGAAAUAAUUAAAGUAUUAUAUUUAGUAAUAGGCAAAUUAUAUUAGCAGGGCAGUAAAAGUAAGCAAAACUCAAAGAUCUAUUGUAUAAAAUGAUGAUAUAAUUAAAAUUUGUUAUUUAAAACUCAUUUCAUAUAGGAAAAAUAUAUAAUUUCACAAAAAUUUUGUAUUUGUGUGCGAAUGUUCCCUACGAAAAGAUAUUCGAUAUAUGUUGUGGCGGUUAAAAAUGUUGUCGCUAAAACUUUUUUUUAAUCUAAACAGUUCGUAGAAUAAAAUUAUUUAUUAUAAUUUAUAUACUCAUUUAUAUGCAAGAAAAUAAGUGUUAAACGUCUCAAGUCACGAUAUCUCAUACAAUUUUGUUUUAUAAUAAUAUAUGUAUGUAUGUAUGUAUAUUGAUUUGCAGAAGUAUAAUAAAUUCAGUUGAGUGCCUAAAGUUACAUAUAUAAUAUUUAAAUUUCACUUCUAUCGAAUAUCUGCGCAUGUAUAUUGCAGCGCUUAUUCAUAAUACCAAUCUGCAUAUACAUAAAGGUAUUUUAUGUUUCGUAAUUAAAUUGGACACUAGAACUAGCGGCGCAAAACAAAUGAAUAAAUGAUAAGCUGUUUAAGUUAUUUUACAUGUGUAUACUUUAAAAUAAACUUUGUUAUACAUACAUACAUUCGUAUGUAGAUAAAAUGCAGUUAUAAUAUCGAUUCAAGCAAAUAAAAUAAUAAAAAUCAAAAGUUGAAUGUGGA